CUUGGCUUGCCCAAGCUAAAUCGGCCUGCAUUUGCCGCGCGACGCCUGCCGGGAGCAGGCGACCGGCUAAUCGCUGCGCGCCAACCGUGUAAGCCGCCGCGCAUCGCCACGCGUGCGCCCUGAGGCGGCGGGACCCUCCACAAAGCAGGGAGAGCAGGCAGCAGCAAUCGCAGCGCGCCGACCGCUGACGCAGCCGCGCAGAGCACGCGUGCGCCCCGCGGCAGCACACCAAGCAGCACCAUGGCCGACUGGAGAGCCACGAGUGACUGGACGGCACGCAUGAGAGAAACGCCGAACCUCGCGCGGAACACGGUCUUCGUCGAGGAGGCCGCACCGAAGCCCCAAACACAACAACCUUACCGGGGCGGGCGGCCCGGCGCGCCGCCCUCGGGCAUAAGAGACGGCGACUGGCAGUGCCCCGAGUGCCCGAACGUGAAUUUCGCGCGGCGCAUGGAGUGCCACCGUUGUGGGGCAGCGAGACCCUAUGAACCCAGAAAACCGCGCGCGCGGCAGCUUCGGGACGACGAGGAGCCGAGAUAUCGGCGGCCGCGGCCGCGCGACCGGAGCGAGGAGCGCGACCGUCAUCGUCGAAGAAGCCGCAGCCGCAGCAGGGAUGGCGGCCGCAAGUUCGAACGCGGAAGACACAAAGGCGAACCCCCGAAAGAAGACAACUGGCGGUGCGGCCACUGCCAGAACGACAACUGGGGCUGGCGCAAGGUACGUUACAACCUUUGGUCGCUGCGUCGUGAUCACCACACACAGGUCUGCAACCGCUGCCAGAAGCCGCGGCCCGAGAACCUCGCGCCGCGCGAGGGCCGCGGCAGGGGCUUCAACGAGCGCGACGACGCGUCCGAUCGACGCGCGCCGCCGCCGGACGAGGACGAUGGGUACGACGACUUCGGGCGAAGGAAGAAGGCCAAGAAGAGCAAGGCCGAGCGCGAGGCGCGUCGGUAGCGUCGGUGGUGGCUUCAAACUUCGUUCGGCCUUUCUUGGACCGUCCUUGUACGGUGUGGUUCCUACGCAGGCCGAGGCGCUCGCGCGGCUCCAGGGCGCGCACGGGCCGCACUGAUGCGCUGUCGCUGCG